AUGCAGAUGACAUUCUUUAAUAACAAACCAAUUUACCAAAUAAACCAAUUUUUCACGACAUUCUUUAAUAAACACGACAGAGUGAUUCUCUCGUAUGAUUCUAUGUUCCAUCAAUUAGCGUCAAGGUCUCCUCAGAACAAUUGAAGGUGAAACUGAAGAAAAUUCAAAAGGCUUAGCGAUCUAAACAUUGGGUUCAAGACGUAUGGCCACAUAAUUUUGCACAUAAUGUUAGCGGAAAUGUUAGAUCGAAUUAAAUUAAGUUCACAACAACAACAAUAACAACCAUCAUAAUCAACAACAGCAACAACAACAACAACAGCAUCAGCAACAACAACAAUCUCAAUCAAAACAGCAGCAGCAACAAAACAACAACAACAACAAAAACACAAAAGCAGAAGUUACAGCAAAAGGCAUCGUCGCGAAGGUCACUGUGGGUUGACGUUUCGAAACCAGCUCGAUGAAUAUAGUUCUUGAAAGAAUACAGCAGUUGUCCAUGAAGAAUCAGCCAAGAAGAAUCAGCCAAGAAGAAUCAGCUGAAAGAAAAGCCUGUGAUCCAGACAUAUUGCUGUUGUAGCAUGUUGCUGUAAUGUUGCUUGAAGAUAUCACCUGCCAUUAAAAAUUCCCAAUAGAUUUGAUGAAAUUUAUUGAAGAAAACAAAAACGGUUUAUUGUCGUUGUUACAGUAUAAUACUAAGGAUACCCGCAUUGUCAAUAGGUUUUUAGGAAUAAACUGGACGGAGAAAGAAAAAACAAAUGCAGGUGUUGAUAUUGAAAAGGUAAAGGAAGAAUAUAUAAGAGACAGCACACAGAAAACUUGCGUAGAAGAUAGGUGUGGGUUGUUGUCUUAGAAAACACGCUAGAGAAAACAAAUCGAAUUUACGACCCGUUCAUUAGAGCCAACAGAACAUGCAAAAAGAAGUGAGACUUGACGGAGGAAAUGGAGGCUCCGAAACAGAAGCAAGUUUGGAAGCAAAUAUAAAUGUUGCCAUAAUGAACAAGCAUGACUCCGAGCAGAAAAAUAUUAUUCUGAAAGAUAUCGAUUCCUUGACAAUCCAUGGCCUGCCGAAAGUGUUUUCAUCAAAAACGUACAUGUCAAGGGUUAUCUGGCUGGUUAUUUGCCUCUCUGCUCUCGUAUUUCUUGUCUUUACGGCAACAAAAAGCCUUAUCAAGUAUUACAGACACGAAGUCUUCAUUGCAGUGGGUACAAAACCUACCAACAACAUGCAUCUACCUGCGGUCACAUUCUGCCAUACAAAUUACUUCAAGCCAAGGCUUUAUGACGAAGAGGCACCAGUGUUUCAGCAUUUUCCAAAAAAUUGUAGUUUCAUAGACGACAAAUAUUUUGUGAAUGAAAUCAACAAACAUAUGUUUUACUAUGCCUGCAGAUUGUUCAUCGGCACACUUGAUGCAAAGACAUCAGGAGUUGGUCAGGAUUUGCCAGAAUACUUUCGUUUCCCAGACAAAUUCUCAAUUCUUCCAAACGUUUAUCCGUGUGUCACGCUCAACAGGAAUUCGACACUUAAACAAAAUGCCAGCGGUGAAAAAUACGGUUUGCACAUGAUCCUUCACAACGAAGAAAUAAUCGAUAAAGAAUUCACUUAUGAAAACAAAGCCGAGCCACUUACAGAGAGGCGCCAAGGAGUAAUUGUACAUAUACAUGAUCCAAAGCAACAUGUCCCUAUUUCUGAUGGAAUUCCCAUCCCAGAAGGAUUUCAUACACAUGUUGCCAUAAGAAGAAGAAUUAUAAAACUCAAACCCAGCCCCUACCCGUCGAAAUGCAUUCGAGGGGACGAACAAGACAAAGAGAGCAUAUAUCCUGGCAAGAACACUCAAAUGCAUUGUUACAAUUCGUGCUUCUUCAAACAAACCUAUAAACAAUGCCCUGGUGUAUUUUUUGAGAUGCGAGGCUUCAUGGGCCCCCCAAAGUACCCAAAAGUGGCUAACUACAGCGACCCACAGUUUUGGAAUUGCAUUAUAAAAUCCAUAGUGAAGUAUGAUUAUCAAAAAUGCAACUGCAGUCCCAUUUGCGAAGAAGAGGCUUACGAGGUUAAAGUAAAUCGUAACCCAUGGCCGCAAAGUUGGCAGGCAUCCUCAGUGUCACAUAUCGUCUCGGCAAUGAAAGGAGUAGAAAGUGUGAGCCCAGAUGAGGUUAGAGAAAGGCUGAUCAGGCUCAGUGUCUAUUACGAUGAGAUGGUGGAAUCAACGUUUGAAGAAAAAGAGGUGUAUGAUCUUUCAGCUUUUACGAGUGACUUAGGGGGGCAAAUGGGUUUGUUUUUGGGAGCUUCGCUGUUAUCUUUAAUUGAAAUUUUUGCUCUUUUGUUCAGCUUUCUUAGUAAUAAAUUUUUUGGCAGCAAUAAAGUAAAGGCGUUUUCGGUUUUUAGAAAUAAACUGGACGGAGAAAGAAAAAAAAAUACAGGUGUUGAUAUUGAAGAGGUAAAGGAAAAAUACACAAGAAGCAGCACACAGAAAUCUUUUUGGCAGAGGAUUGGUUUGGGUUGUUAUCUUACGCUAGAGAAAACAAACUACUUGCAUUUACGACCCUUUCCCGGGAGCCAUAAGGAGAUGCAGAAAAAAGUGAGACUUAACGGAGGAAAUGGAGGCUCCGAAACAGAAGCAAGUUUGGAAGCAAAUACAAACGUUGCCAUAAUGAACAAGCAUGACUCCGAACAGAAAAGUCAUAUUCUGAAAGAUAUCGAUUCCUUGACAAUCCAUGGCCUGCCGAAAGUGUUUUCAUCAAAAACGUACAUUUCAAGGAUUAUCUGGCUGGUUAUUUGCCUCUCUGCUCUCGUAUUUCUUGUCAUUACGGCAACAAGAAGCCUUAUCAAGUAUUACAGACACGAAGUCUUCAUUGCAGUGGGUACAAAACCUACCAACCACAUGCAUCUACCUGCGGUCACAUUCUGCCAUACAAAUUACUUCAAGCCAAAGCUUUAUGACGAAGAGGCACCAGUGUUUCAGCAUUUUCCAAAAAAUUGUAGUUUCAUGGACGACAAAUAUUUUGUGAAUGAAAUCAACAAACAUAUGUUUUACUAUGCCUGCAGAUUGUUCAUCGGCACACUUGAUGCAAAAACAUCAGGAGUUGGACAGGAUUCGCCAGAAUACUUUCGUUUCCCUGACAAAUUUUCACUUCUUCCAAACAUUUAUCCGUGUUUCACGCUCAACAGGAAUUCGUCACUUAAACAAAAUGCCAGCGGUGAAAAAUACGGUUUGCAAAUGAUCCUUCACAACGAAGAAAUAAUCGAUAAAGAAUUCACUUAUGCAAAAAAAGACCAGCCACUUACAGAGAGGCGCCAAGGAGUAAUUGUACAUAUACACGAUCCAAAGCAACAAGUCCCUAUUUCUGAUGGAAUUCCCAUCCCAGAAGGAUUUCAUACACAUGUUGCCAUAAGAAAAAGAUUUAUAAAACUAAAACCCAGCCCCUACCCGUCGAAAUGCGUUCGAGGGGACGAACAAAACAAAGAGAGCAUAUAUCCUGGGAAGAACACUCAAAUGCAAUGUUACAGUUCGUGCUUUUUCAAACAAACCUAUAAACAAUGCCCUGGUGUAUUUUUAGAGAUGCGAGGCUUCAUGGGCCCCCCAAAGUACCCAAAAGUGGCUAAGUAUGGCGACCCACAGCUCUUUAAGUGCUAUAAUGAAUUCAUAACGAAGUUUGAUAAUCAAAAAUGCAACUGCAGUCCUAUUUGCGAAGAAGAGGCUUACGAAGUUAAAGUAAAUCGUAACCCAUGGCCGCAAAGUUGGCAGGCAUCUUCAGUGUCACAUAUCGUCUCGGCAAUGAAAGGAGUAAAAAGUGUGAGCCCAGAUGAGGUUAGAGAAAGGCUGAUCAGGCUCAGUGUCUAUUACGAUGAGAUGGUGGAAUCAACGUUUGAAGAAAAAGAGGUGUAUGAUCGUUCAGCUCUAAUUAGCGACUUAGGGGGGCAAAUGGGUUUGUUUUUGGGAGCUUCGUUGUUAUCUUUAAUUGAAAUUUUUGCUCUUUUGUUCAGCUUUCAUAGUAAUAAAUUUUUUGGCAGCAAUAAAGUAAAGGCGUCUUCGGUGAAAUAAAGUUUUGUUGUCAAAUCGAACUAUCGUGACAAGAACAUCCGUUCUCUCCCUCUAAGAUGCCAAAUCUUAUGUACUCUAUAUUGCUAAAAGUAUGAGCUUGUAAACGUUAUAAUGUUAGAGUAAGCAUUCGCUGUAUAAAAAUGGAUGCAAUGCGGACUUCACACAUUGUUGAAUUAUAUCACUAUUUUUGAGAAAAGAUAAAUUCUACAUUUUUCAUUGGUAACAAUACAAAGGAAAUUAUGUAAUGUCGCGGCUUAUAAUCCAGUAGAUACGGUAAGCACACACAAUGUUGAAUUAUAUGGCUUUAUUCGAGCUUACACGAUACUUAUUCAAAAAUCUAAAUGAGAUACACUACAAACAACUAAAGUAGCGAAAGUACGUUAUCAUUUCAUCGCAUCUCUUCUAUUUAGUCAUUUAUACAGGAUAAUAUAUUCAAAACGUAAAAACUGAUAGAUUUGCUGAUAACUGUUGAAAAGCCAAGUUCAGAACGAAAUGAAAUAAAAUCUAAGCUAAUCUAAUACGUUAACGAAAAGAGUGUUUAUAUUCAGAUAAAAUUGCCACUCCUGUUGGUAUUUUAAUGAAUAUUGGAUCAAAUUGGCGAAAUUAGUCUGUUAAGGGUCCUUUAUUAUCUUCGAUUGUAAUUCAUUUGAUUUAACUACUUUUUACCAAAAACCAAAAAGGUGACAAAAUGCACAAUGUAUGU